GUUCCACAGGGAAACAGACCGAUGGGUCAGUGUCUGGAGAACACACCCAGAAAUCAUCCUCUGUCCCAGCAGGAGACAUGAGCCCAGAUCCUGGGACUUCCACAGGGAGACUGUUUGAAGGGUCAUCCUCUGGAAAUUUUUCCAAGAAAACGUCUUCUCUCCCAGCUGGAGGGAUAACCUCAGGUAGUUCCACAGGGAAACAGACCGAUGGGUCAGUGUCUGGAGAACACACCCAGAAAUCAUCCUCUGUCCCAGCAGGAGACACGAGCCCAGGUCCUGAGACUUCCACAGGGAAACAGUCUGGAAGGUCAUCCACUGGAGAUUUUUCCCAGGAAACUUCUUCAGACCCAGCUCGAGAUACAGCCUCAGAUCCGUUGAAUUCCAAAGGGACCAGCCGGAAGCCGUCCUCUGGCCCAGAGAAAGAGACGUGCUCAGUGAAGGGGCUCCCAUCAAAGGACGAGUGUGAGGAGAUGAUCAACAGUGCCCAAGUGUUCAUUAUUGGGAAGAACAAACUGGGAAACCCCGAGGAGCGAGAGGCCUACAUCCGUCAGGUGCGUGAGAUGCUGAUGGAACAGCUCCCCUGCAAGCACGUCCUGUCCAAGAGUGAACACGACAGUGGGGGAGGGAAUUGAGAAGGAAGGUGUCAGAUUGUGAUCUUCCAACGUGUCACAGGCUGAUGGACGGUGGUGACGUGUGUGAGGUGUUCGUGGGGUGUGGAGUGGGGCACCAGGUGGUGGUUGUGGGAAGAUGGUGGGAAAUCUAAAUGUCAGUGAAAUAUCUGCAUGAGCAUGUAUCUGGUUGUUCUUCUGUCAUCUCUGUAGCUUAUCAACAAACAAGUUACUCUUCUGUUAGUUACCGAUUUGCAUUAUUUCUCAGUUCAAUGUAAUAAUGGCUUUAAUCCAAGUGAUGAAAGACACAUUAGUGUUCCUGUAAUGUGGCUCCAAUUAUUUCUGUAUUUCUUAUGCAUCCAGUGAUAUUGUGUUACUGGAGGAUGUACCACUGUUUUACUUCUACAUUGAUCAGUGAUUAAAAUUAAUACAAUAAAGACACAACAUUCAUGCACAUGUUGCCGGAUAACUUGCUGAUAAAGGAGACCAACCUGCACAGGCUACAGUGGUGGUAAUGGUGAUAGUGAGGGGAGUCUGAGGUUACCAGAAGGCAUAGGAGCAGAAUUAGGC